GUCACUGUCUAGCAAUCGUCUAACCUAUCCCUAGUAUUAGUCAUCAGUGCAACGUAAUGUAGCUAGCAUUUUCAUUUCACAGCCAAACAACAGUCUACAAAAGUCUGGAACACAACAAUCAUGGCCUCUCGUGGGAAAUCAGAAACCAGCAAACUGAAACAGAACAUGGAGGAACAGCUGGAUCGGUUAAUGCAACAGCUUCAGGAUCUGGAAGAAUGCAGAGAAGAUCUUGACGACACAGAAUAUGAGGAAACCAAAAGUGAAACGUUGGAACAAUUAAAUGAAUUUAACGAGUCACUGAAGAAACUCAUGUCUGGAAACAUGACCCUGGUUGAUGAGCUUGACGGAAUGCAACUGGCAAUACAAGCUGCCAUCAGCCAGGCAUUCAAGACCCCUGAAGUUAUCAGGCUCUUUGCAAAGAAGCAGCCGGGGCAACUGAGGACAAGGUUGGCUGAGAUGGAUCGUGAUGUGAUUGUGGGAAAGCUUGCACGGGAUGUCUACACACAACAGAAAGUGGAGAUCCUCUCAGCCUUGAGAAAACUGGGGGAGAAGCUCACUGCAGAGGAUGAGGCUUUCCUAGCAACCAACGCCAGUGCCACACUCAGCCAGUUUGAAAAGGUUACUGCCAACCUAGGAUCUGAAGACAAGAUAAUGGCAUUGGCUAGCUCUGGUGUGGAGAAAACUAAGGCAUAGCUGCUUGGUAUACAGCUGGACAUUCUAGUAUUUUUUUGUACAGGUUGUAAGUGAUUUUUAUUAAAACAUUUUAAAGGCAGUGACUGUUGGACCCCAAUCUGGUUAGGACAAUGGUGUCCGUAUUUGACCAAGCUAGAAAAAUAAGAUGGCACAGUAAAAUAAUUCCUCUGUUUGACCAUGUGCUGGUAAAACAGAGUUUGAAAUUUGAUCAAGUUUUUGGAUGAAAUAACAACUGCGAUCAAGUCACUUAAUUGGGAUGUAUUUUACCGCUGCUGCUGACAAGCGGGCCAAAUAUAUUCUUUGCUCUACCUGCGUUUUGUUAGGUAGACAUUUAGUUGUCAUUGCCAGAUAUCAGUACUGCCUAGUCCAUUUGAGAAAGAAUACCAAUUCCUGCCUGUUUUAUAUUGAAUGUAAAGUGCCAUCUAACUACAGAUAGUAUACUCACCAGCGUUACUGCUGGUCUAGAUGAUAAUGCAUGCAAAGACGUGAUUGUAUAUUAGAUUCCUGUAGGUACAACAAUGAAAGUUUACAUUGCUGCUGAAAUGUAUGCCUCAGUCAUACAGGUAUAACAGGAGCACCUAUACAAAUAGCACUUUGUAUGUGUUGUUUUUUGUGUGUUUUGUUUUUGGUGAAAUCAUGAAAAAAAAGAAUUGCUUUCCUGUCCAUGAUUAUUGUAUUGAGUGACCACAUUUUGAAAUAUGCUGCAUACUAUUAUUGUACUGAUAAUCUCUGCUAUGAUGCAUUUCAUGUAGACAUCAAAGUCUGUGUAAUGCCUUUUAAUAUGGUUGUGUUUGUGAUAUGAGGCAGUGAUGUUUUACCGAGUUACUAAAGGUUUUAUGUGAGGUGUGAUAUUUAUAAGUAUAUUUGCAAAACAGCAAUUUGGUGUUUCAGUAUUUUUACUUAUUCUGACCAUAUGUACACUGUGUUAAUUUAGCUUGUGCAAGUGUAGGACGGCACUUAAAAAAAUAAAAGUAGUUGGGGGUAGUUCUACCAGUGAACAUAGUGGACUGUCAGCAAAGCCCCAAACCCCAUUUUCUAAUGUGCUGAAGAGAGUUAGACCUCUAUUGUUGAAGUGUUAUGUUUUUUCUGUGGCAGCAGUCAUUCUAAUUUGAAACACCUGGGGGCACCAUAGGAUCUUACAACAAUACAUACGAGCUUUCUUCACAUGUAUGUUUAUAACAGCAUGUGUAUACAGUAUUAUUUGGAACUGUACUGUUUUGUAAGCUAUCCACCUCGAACCCUGAAAUUGAAUGAAAUAAUUGGAAUAUUGUCAGACUGUGUGAAAAUGUAAACACUCCUCAUUCUGGCAAA